CGGACUGAGGCGGACAGGCAGCCUGUAUCCUGACAUCUUUUUGCAAAAAUAUUCCGGAUAAUAAUGCAGUCUUCUAAGAGGAGCGAGAAUGACUGGCAGGGGCUGGUGAGCGAGUUCCUGGUGUGUAAGCGGAAGCUGGAGAGUAAGAAGGAGGCUCUGCUCAUCCUGUCUAAGGAGCUGGACACCUGUCAGCAGGAGAGGGAUCAGUACCAGCUGAUGGCCAACCAGCUGAGGGAGCGCCACCAGGGACUGAAGAAGAAGUACAGGGAGCUCAUCGACGGUGACCCUUCUUUGCCACCAGAAAAACGCAAUCAAGUGAACCUGGCUCAGCUGCUGAGAGACUCCAGGGAACGAGCCAAAAAGCUGACGGAGGAGGUGAAGGAGCUGGCGCAGAGGCUGACGGAGGCCCAGGGGGACAGCAAGCUGCUAAGGCUGACCAUAACUCGACAGAGGCUCGGCGAUGAGGAGGUGGGGCCGCGACAUUUCCCCCCCCAUGAACGUGAGGACCUUGUUCACCAGCUGGAGAGAGCAGGGCUCCAGAUGGAGGAGAUGGAGCACAACAUGAAGGCUCUGACCGACGAGCUGCAGGACGUGAAGGCGGAGCGCGGCGUGUUCAGGGAGAAGACCUACCGCCUCAACGUGGAGCUCAACCACGUCCUGGGCAACCGUGAGGCACGCAUCAUUGAUGUGGAUGCCCUCUGCAUGGAGAACAGGUAUUUGCAGGAGCGUUUGGGCCAACUGCAAGAGGAGGUGAACCUGCUGAAAUCCAACAGCAUGAAAUACAAGACAGCUCUUGAGAGGAGGAAGAACUCCAGCACGUACGGAAAAUCAAACAGCAGCAGUCCGCUAACUGGAGUCCUCUCGGCAAAACAAGUCCAGGAGCUGCUCCUGGAGGAGCCGGGCUGCAGCCUGCCAGCCACGCCUCAGUCCAUCUCCGACCUCAAGUCUCUGGCCACGGCUCUGCUGGAGACCAUCCACGAGAAGAACCUGGUCAUCCAGCACCAGAGGCACACCAACAGGAUCCUGGGAAACAGAGUCGGAGAUCUGGAGAGGAAGCUGAAGACGUUAGAGGUGUCAGGACUGUGGAGUCUCCCAGGAACACGAGACAACCACACAGUGAAUGAAAAUCUUCAACCGGAGCUUCACCCAACACAAGCCACGCCUUCCCCACACCUGCAGCCACCCAAAGAUGGAUCAUCGUGGGAAUGCCACUCCGCUGGCAGCGACCUCGGCACAGAUGGCACACCUGCACUGCUCCAAAUCCUGCAGCCUCUCCCGGGGUUGGAGACGAAUGGAAUUGACAGGAGAGGCGGAGAAAUCUUGACGGAAGACGGAGCCCCCUUGGAACUGGGGGAGGGGCGCAGUCCGGUGGAGGAGGCGGGGCAUGAGGUGGAGGGCGUGGAGGAUGAAGAGCUGGGCUCCACAGUGGAGGAAGGAGAGGAGGCCGCUCUGGCGCUGGGUGUCACAGCCACUGACUCACACCUUCCCUGGCUUCCAAUCAAACAAGCGUCUGCGGAUCUUUCAGAGGCGGGUCGGCAUCAGCCCGGAGAGUCCCAGGACGAUGGGUCAGAUCAUGAACCUGAACAUGUAGAAGCCUCAACCCCAGAGAGCCGGUCCAGCACAGGGGAGUGGGACGUUUUGGAUCUGCGCAGAGACGCCUGUCGAUCUGAAAACUUGGCAUGAUCUCCCCUCGUUUAAAGACUUACUCAAACUCUUCUCCUUCUUAUUGAUAAUUGGCAAAGCCUUGUGAAGCUGAACGGCUUGUCAGUAUGACAUUUCAACGAUAUGUGUAGGAGGUACUCCAAAGGAUUCCUGAAAAACUAGUUCUGAAAUAUCAGAGAGAAGUAAACAAACAUAAGUACACUAUGCAUUGAAAGUUAAUUCUCAAUGUAAUUUGAGAAUGAAAGGAUAUUCAAAUCAAGGGAAAAGCUUACCGGUCCAAAAGCAAGUGGCACUUUACAUUUUAAUAACUUAUGUUAAGGGAAAACAGAGACAUGAAUGUUAUUGCGCAGCAGGGUAAUUCAAUGUAGUGAUUUAUUUGAGGCUCCCUACAGCUUUCAUUAUGUAAUUAUAAUAAUAAUACAUGGUAUUUAUAAAGCGCUUUUCCUGGUGCUCAAAGACGCCUAUACCAUACAAGUCAAUUACCCCCCUUUAACCUUUGUUUAAAGCCAGGGUUCUUGUGGAUACUUAAACAUUCUUAAAAGGCAUUGAAUUAUUGAAUCUAAAAGUAAGGCAUUAAUUGGUAAUACAAUGUCUAAAAUCAAUCUUUUACAGUCUAAAAACUGCUAAGACAUAGAAAGUAGUAACAGGAAGUAGUAGUUUUGUCUCUAAGAUAUUUGACUUUGGUUUGCUAACGUAGGUUUGGACAGUAGCUGUUUUUAGGGAGGGGCUUAGCCAAGGUUUGAUAGCAUGAAUCAUCCUGAGUUGUAUUCACUCAGCGUGGCCAGCGCUCAUUAGCUCCCUGCUCCACCUAGCCUCUCUGUUUUAGUCAAUAAAACGGAGAGAAAACACUUUUUCAGCCGGAGGUUCAUUUUGUACACGGACAGGAACAGACAAUCUUAAAAUCAAUGGAGUUGCAAACUUCAUGCCCUACAGGAAGAGUUACGAGAAUAACAAAUAUGGCCUCCCUCCGUCCUCCCCCUGCGAUUCGAUAAUCCCAAAUGUUUGCUUUCUUCUUCCUCCUAAGGGAUGCCACUAACUGAGAGGGGGUCUUAAUUGACUUACCAAAAAUUGAGAAGAAUGUGCUUUGUACAUUAUGUGUAAAUGAAUAACUUGAAUAUUACAGAUUCUAUUGAUGUCUAUCCAUCUGUACGGGUGAGUUUUUAUUUAUUUGUAUUUAUUUGGACGUAGGUAUUUGGAUGACACUACAUGUGCCUUAUAUGUGGGAAACACUGGUAUUUAUUCAUAUAAACUGCAUAAACCUGCAAUAUGAAGUUGGUAUUUUCUGACCCAUGCACAUACAAAACAAAAACACUUUGACAUUGAACGAUUUUGAUUUAUAUUUGUUUCCACGCAGACAAGAACUUCCUCUGAUCUAAACUUGUGGCUGACUUUGUGAGCUUAUAUUUGUUUGAGCUUUCACACACUGAUGAGGUUUGUUUGAUAUCAAUUUUCUGCACCAGAAAAUGAGCCCAUAUCUGCAGCAAAUCUCUUCUCUCUCUCUCUCUCUCAUUUCUAUAUGUUCACAAGGUUGGUCUCAUUAAUUCUGAAUGCAGCAGUCUCUGUCUUUUGAUUGUUUUGCAGAUUAGUGCGGCUUAGCUUGAUUCUCUUCUUUCCAGCUUUGAGAGGGAAUUGUUCUGACAUCAUAUAGCUACAGUUACACUAGAUAUGUUGAAAUCUGAUUUGAAAUUUCAUUAACAAUUAGUUUUUGGUAUUAUUUUCAUUUUGGGUUUUCCCUGAAUUCAACUUUUUUGUGUCCAAAGGUUUUAUUGCAGCUCAAUGUAAAUAAAUAUGCCACCUAGCGCAGAGGAAGCAUCUCAGUCCAAUUGUAUGACUUAAAAAACAAAGUUAGGACAUUUUGCCAUAACUGUAAAAAGGAUGAACGCCCAUUUUGAUUAGAAGCCAAUAUAAUGCCCAGUGUGUAGAGAGGCACGCAGGUGACAGCUGGCCUCUCCAGGAAAACUGUGUCUAAGCCAGAAUCCAUGAACUGCUUAUUCUGCAGAAGGCCACUUGCUAUUUUUAAUCUCUGACACAAAAUAGAGGCGAGGAAAAUAAUUUGAGUUUUGGAGCCAUGCUGUGUACAGCGUCGGCACAUGUGCCAGGCAGCUGAUUUGGCACAAAGCAGCAAGCGUUUUUAUUCUGAGGAGUUUUAAGUUCAUAAAACCAGAUGGAGUCUAAAAUAAUGGAAUUGCAAGAUGAUGCCAGGUUGUAUUGGGUUUCUUUUAAAGUCAUUAACCGUUUAUUUUUACUUUGGCAUCCAUAUGAAAGCCAAAGAUCGUUUCUCUGAUGUAGGGAAGAUCUAUCUGACGAAGAAUGAUCCACAGUAUAAUGUGAACAAUUACAUUAAAGUGAUGUUUCUAAAUCUGGCAGAGCUGGCAUUAUUUCUGCCAGAUUUGGAACCCCUUCUGUAACUAUGGCCGGCAUGGUCAUAAUCUCACAAAAAUCCCUAUGCUGUAAAUUGAAAAAAAGUGUAUUCUUAAUAUAUACAAAUAAACAUGCAAUUAUGUCAUUACUGACAUUUCAUUUUGCACCUCAAUA